UAUCUAACAUAUUUCCCCCCAAUUUGUACUAUUUACUGUUUUUCUUCAGCAUACACACUUCCUUGCCUUCUUCCCGAUUUGUAGAUUUACUUCUCCUCUUGCUGGUUCUCUCGAUUUGCACAGCCUUCGUCUUCCCCAAAACCCUAGCUCUUAAGAGCUUUUCUACAUGAAGCUCCGAAACAAGGCAUAAUCCGAAUCCCGUAAAUCUUGUUAUAUUCGGGUUGCACUCUCGUCACCCAGCUGCUGCUCUAGGUCCAGUGUUCUUCCCGACAAAAUCAUGGAUGAGAAUAAAACUCGGAGCAAGCAUUUCCUUUUGUUAGUGUAUCAGAGCUUUGGCAUAGUGUUUGGGGACUUGGCCACUUCCCCUCUCUAUGUCUAUAGAAGUGCAUUUGCUGGAAGGUUGCGCCAUUAUCAAUCUGAAGAGGCAGUUUUUGGGGCUUUCUCCGUCAUAUUUUGGACCCUCUCUUUCUUUUCAUUGUUUAAAUAUGCCGUCUUCAUGCUUAGUGUAAAUGAUAAUGGUGAAGGUGGAAUUUUUGCUCUAUAUUCACUUCUUUGCAGGCAUGGGAAGUUUUCUUUGCUCCCUAAUCAACAAGCUUCAGAUGAGGAGCUUUCAACGUAUCAGCAUGCGGGUUACUCAAAUAGAAGUGUGCCUGCCUCUUCGUUCAGAAGGCUUCCUGACCGUGAUAAGAAGUCAAAGUUAGCUCUACUUAUACUGGUCCUGAUGGCUGCUAGUAUGGCCAUGACUCUUGGUGUCCUUACACCAGCUAUAUCUGUUGUUUCAUCCAUUGAAGGACUCAAAGUUCAAUCCAAUGAUCUGAAUCACAGAAUUAUGGUUGCCCUUGCAGGUGUUUUAUUACUCAGCCUUUUCGUUCUGCAAUAUCAAGGCACACAUAAGGUGGCUUUCAUCUUUUCUCCAGUUGUUCUUCUGUGGCUGUUGUCCAUUGCUGCUCUUGGUGUAUACAACAUCAUGCACUGGAAUCCUAGAAUAUACGAGGCUCUUUCUCCAAUAUACAUCUACAGGUUCUUCAGACUCACUGGAAUCGAUGGUUUGAUUUCUCUUGGAGGUGCAUUAUUAUGUAUCACUGGUAAUAUGCCUCUCUGUUAUAUGUUAAUUUUCUCGGGCAUUAUUAUCUUCAGCAAACCUAAUGCAUUUUUAACUGCAGGAAUUGAUAUUUUGUUUACUGAGGUUGGCCAGUUUUCAGCUUCAUCGAUAAGGGUUGCUUUCUGCUUCUUUGUAUACCCAUGUUUAGUUCUUCAAUAUAUGGGACAAGCUGCAUUUCUUUCAAAGAACUUCUCUGCUAUAUCCUUGAGUUUCUAUGCGUCAGUUCCAGAUGCAGUUUUCUGGCCAGUUUUAGUUAUAGCAAUUCUGGCAACAGUAGUUGUUAGUCAAGCUGUGUUAUCUGCCACAUUUUCCACUGUCAAACAGUGUCAUGCGCUAGGGUGUUUCCCUCGUGUCAAGAUUGUGCACAAAUCAAAGUGGAUUGAUCGUCAGAUAUACGUCCCUGAGAUAAACUGGAUCCUUAUGGUUCUCUGUUCGGCAGUGACUCUGGGUUCUCAAGAUACCACCCGCAUCGGAAAUGCAUAUGGGAUAGCAUCAAUGACUCUGAUAUUCAUCACCACAUCCCUAAUCUCCUUGUCCAUCUACUUCGUAUGGCACAAGGGUCUCGCUCUCGCCCUUUCCUUCUUCAUCCUCUUCGGAUCAAUCGAGCUGACCUUCCUCUUCUCAUCCUACAUAAGAAUCCUCCAGGGCGGAUGGGUUCCACUUCUUCUCUCUUCCAUCUUCCUGUUCACCAUGUUCGUGUGGCACUACGGCAGCAGAAAGAAGUACUUGUAUGAUCAAAACCACAAGCUUCCCAUGAAAUGGAUCCUCACUCUUGGUUCAGAUCUCGGCAUUGUAAGAGUCCCUGGUAUAGGUCUCAUAUACACUCACUUAGCAAACGGAGUCCCUGCCACUUUCUCCCAUUUCCUAACCAAUUUACCAGCAUUCUACCAAAUCAUUGUCUUUGUCUGUGACAAAACUGUCCCUGUUCCUUUUGUCCCACAAAAGGAGCGAUACCUUGUUGGAAGAAUAGGCCCUAAAUCCUACAGAAUGUACCGUUGUAUCGUCCAAAAUGGGUACAAGGAUGUUAAUGAAAACGAGAACGAGUACGACUUCGAGAAUGCUCUGAUUAUGAGCAUUGCAGAGUUCAUCCAGCUAGAAGCAGAAGGCGGAGGAAGUGGGACACCCGACGGUGGGUCCAUAGGAGGUCGACUAGCUGUUGUGAAAUCUUCUGAGAAUUUUGGGAAGAGAUUUGGGAUCUCAAAGUCUAACGGGUUUGAAGGAACCAGCAGCAGCUCUUUGAACAUAACCAGCAGCAAGUCAGCAACACUGCUGAAGCUGAAGAUGAUGUACGAUGAGCAGGAGUCACCUGAGGUGAAGUUCAAGACGAGGGUACAGCUGACGUUGGUCGAUACGAGGUACAAGGACUCGUUUGUGAAGGAAGAAGUGAUGAGACUGAUGGAAGCUAAGAAGUUCGGUGUGGCGUAUGUGAUAGGGCAUUCGAACAGCAAGGCGAAGUGGAACUCACCGUUCUUGAAGAGGUUCCUGAUCAACAUUGUGUACUCGUUUUUGCGGAAGAACUGUCGCGCGCCUUCGAUAGCUCUGUCGAUUCCUCAGACUUCGUUGAUCGAGGUUGGUAUGAACUACACUCUGUAAGUUUCAGAACUGUUGUUCUAUACCUGUUGAUUCCAGACAGGUGUAUGUAUGUGUAACACUUGUUUGUUGGUUUCAUUGAAGUUCUGGUUUUGUGGAGUUCUUUGCAUUUUGUCCAUCCACAUCAAUUUGAAGAAUCAUCUACAGUUAUUAUAUGAUGUAUUGAUAAAUAGCAGCAGGGGACUGGUUGGUAUGUUCCCCUUUUCAAGAGCGUUUUAUUAUUUGAAAAGACACGAGAAGAUAAUGCAAGCUCGAGUAAUCUCAAAUCUGGCAAUAAUGAAACGGACAAGGCUUCGUUUGUCUCAAC